AUAAAAAUAUCUGUGCCACGUAUGAAGAUAAGCUUACUGAUAAUCCAGUAAAGCAGAAGAAAGGAAUACAGAGAAGGAUAGAAAUGCAAAUGAUAAACUUCAUUUUACAAAAUUAAAAAUGGGAAGCAUUGGCAUUUGCAGACAUCCAAAUCCAAAUGGGAUCUCUUUCAAACAUUUCUCUGAUAAACGCCAAUUUUUUUCUGCUCCAAAAUUUCCACUGUCCGUCCGCAUUAACUGCUCUGCUGUCGGAAACGGAUAUGAAAAAGAGAACUCAUCUCACUUCAAAGAACUUAGGAAUGUGGCGUUUGGCCUCCUGGCCACUUGGGCUGUCACAGCUGCCUCGCCUGUUGUAGCUGCUAGUCAGAGACUACCUCCUUUGUCUACAGAGCCCAACCGAUGUGAGCGUGCUUUUGUCGGUAACACAAUCGGUCAAGCAAAUGGUGUAUAUGAUAAGCCCUUAGAUCUUCGAUUUUGUGAUUAUACAAACGAUAAGUCUAACCUCAAGGGAAAAUCUCUAUCAGCUGCUCUUGUGUCCGAUGCUAAGUUUGAUGGUGCUGAUUUGUCUGAAGUUGUCAUGUCCAAGGCCUACGCUGUGGGAGCUAGUUUCAAGGGUACCGACUUUACGAAUGCAGUUCUAGAUCGUGUUAAUUUUGGAAAGGCAGAUCUACAAGGGGCCAUAUUUAAGAAUACCGUGUUAUCAGGCUCCACUUUUGAUGAGGCUAAUCUUCAGGAUGUCAUAUUUGAGGACACCAUUAUCGGCUACAUUGAUCUUCAAAAGCUUUGUACUAAUACAACUAUCAGUGAAGAAUCCCGAGUUGAACUUGGAUGUCGAUGAAGCAUUCGUUCUACGCACUCUUUCCACAUUUUUUUGUGAGAAAAAAUGUUUAUAAAGGGAAUACUUCAAUGCAUAUGUAGCUUUGUCAAUUGGUAUUUGUUUUGUAUAAUAGUAAAUACUGAAUAGGGAUGUCACGUACUUGGUUGUCAAUUGAAUUGAAUUUUUCAUCCCCUCAAUUUGGGUUGGAGUAUAGUCUUUUUAAUACGGUUUGGCAUGAACGACCGUAAAUUUUUAUUUUAAUAUUGUACUAUAUCUACACUUCUGGUCUAAAGAUUCGAAUUUUAACCAC